AUGGAUAGAAAUCCCACAAAAGAAGAGCUCAAUCAGCCACUUCUGACAUAAGGAUAUGACACUGAUAACGAAAGGCAUCCACCUCUAGAAAAAAGGGAAUCGAAAGACGAUGAGGACCUAAGCUUUUGGAAGGUCAUGCGCCAGAUCACUGAUUUGUCUAUCUACCCGAUAGUAGGGAUGCUGUUUCAUCCAGCAUACCAUCUUGUUAAUACUGUGAUUCUGGGUUAAGAUGAUGAUGCCGUCAAUAGCUUAGCAACCUUUGGUCUUGCUACAGUAACAAUUGGUAUUUCAUUAAUGUCAGUUCAAAUAUCAUUCAACAAUUCACUCACCACUCUUAUAUCAUAAUUGAUCCUUAACUUCAUAGUCUUUAUACCAAUUUGCUUAUUGCUUUUGUUUGUUGAGUACUUUUUCCUAGGUAUUGGCCAGCAAGCUGAGGUAGCUAGUCGAGCCUCGUUUUUUAUUAAAGUGCUUUUGCCCGGAUUUUUCUGCUACGGUAUUUUCCACACUUACUCUAAAUAUUUAGCAGGCUAGAAGGAAGUAAGGUUUGACGAGGAAUCUUUCAGAAAUCUCUGGCCUUAGAUGAAAAUGAGUUUAUACUCAUGUGGCAUGAUUAUCUGGGGAUGGUGGGCUUUCGAUGUAUUUACUUUCAUUGGUACCUUUAUGUCUCUCGAAGUAAUGGCUGCAUAGACAGUAUGCAGAAAUAUAGUUUUAAUUUUCUAUAUGAUUCCAGUUGGAUUAUCUUAGGCCUCAUCAGUAAUGGUGGGCAAUAUGAUUGGUAAAAAGAAUAUUUAGGGUGCUAGAGUUUAUGGGUAAAUGUGCUCACUAACUUCAUUUGCCUGGGGAUGUGCUAGUGUUUUAGUCAUGGCAAUUUUCGGAGAAUAGAUAGUAAGACUAUUUAGUUCAUCAGAAAGUGUUAGAAAUCUAGUAACUGAGGCAUUCUUAAUGAUUUGGCUUUAUAUACUAUUCGAUUGUCUUCAAUGCAUUGGUGCCGGUAUCAUUAGUGGACUUGGAAGAUAAGGCAAGGGAUCAAUAUUGACUGUAUUUGGGUUCUGGGCAUUAGGCAUUCCCCUAGCAUUAGUUUAGACAUUCUACUACAACAUGGGUAUAAUUGCUCUAUGGUUAGGUCCAUUAGUUGCUAUAACAUUCAACUCAUUUGCAUACUAUGCUUUUAUCCUUAAGAUCGAUUUGAAAGAAAUUGUAAGAGAAGCUGAGGAAAGAAGACUUAGGGAAAAGAAAAGAAUUUGA